AAGAUUCUACAAAAUAACGGUUGAAAAAUGAGGCACAUUCUGUGCCAAUCUGUGUGCUGGCUGCUGAUAGCGGCCUUGGGCUGUGCGUCUGCUGGCGUCAGCUCCAGCUCCAGCUAUGAUCGUCAGGUUAAAGCGUUCAUUGAUCUGUCCAGCGAGCGAUACUUCAAGUUGUAUAAUCAGAUUGCCGCCGAGACAUAUUCGGCCAACGAUGAGGAGGACUUUGACGCACUCUUCUCCAAGUUGACCAAUGUGAAACGCAUUGCCGAUGAGCUGGUUGGCAUCUCCCGAGAGGCAAGUGGCUUUAAUGUAACCCGGGUGCAUAGUGCGGAGCUUAAGGCGGCACUUCAGGAACUUCGCACAGUUGGCGAUUUGUUUGUGCUCGGUGAGGAUUAUUUCUCCUCGGUGCAAAUGAAUCUCGCCUCGCUGCAGAAGAUGUCGACGGACAAGGACAUUGAGCCGUAUCUGGGCGGGGCCAAGAUGCCCGACGAGGAUGACAGUCCACUGGCCUAUUAUCCGGACAUUCAGAAGAUUGUGCAGCGCAGCAAUGACGUCGAUGAGUUGAAAUACUAUUGGGAGACUUGGCGCGAUAAGAAUCAAAUCUGGGCCUCGGUCAAUUUCUAUACGAUUGUGCAGUCUUAUCAGAAGGCAGCCAAGAUUCUAGAGAUUCCAGUGCAUCAAUUGUGGUAUCGCUACGACAGCCAAGAGAUGCUCCAGCAAAUGGAGCAAGCGAUGUCCGAGCUGAAACCCGCCUAUCAACAACUUCACGCAUUUGUGCGUGACGAGCUGCAUAAGAAGUACGGCGGAGAUGUGGUUAAGCCAAAUGGACCCAUUCCGGAUCAUCUCUUCCAGCAGGUGGUGGAGCAGGCCUGGGAGGAGGGCAGCAUCAUUGAGUCCUACUUUCCACGCAAGGAUCUGCCCCAAUACGAUGACUUUGUGAAGCAACUCAGCGCCAAGGCGUUAAUCAAUGAAUCCGAGAGUUUCUACACAUCCCUGGGAUUCGAGCCGCUCAGCGCCGACUUCCACAAGAAUCAACUAAAGGAGCCCAACGAGGAGAGACCCGACGAUGAUUGUCGUCCCGCUCUCUUCGAUCUGACCCCGCAUGUCUAUAUGAUGUACUGCGAGAAAGUCAGUUUCCGCAAACUAAUGCAAUAUCACGCCCACAUGGCUCGUGUGUAUUAUGCCGAUCAGAAGAAGCGUCUGCCCUCGUAUUACUUUAAGGCCUACAAUCUGGAGUAUCCGGUGGGCGAGGCUGUCGUUCUCUCCGCCUCCUCACCCACACAUCUGACCAACCGUGGCUUGGCCAAGGGAGUGCAGUUCACUGAAAAUGCCCUGCAGAAUCGACUCUUCCGUAUGGGCAUUCAUAAUGUGCUCAACAUUCCACUGUACUAUGUGCACACCAAAGUGAUGCACGAUCUGUUGAACGGCACCGUCGACAUGGACACUGUGAACAAACAUUACUGGAAGCUGUUGGAGCAGCAUGCGGGCAUUGAACCGCCCACGGAUCGCACCGAGGGCGCCAUUGAUUUUCCCUACAAGUUCUAUGUGAACAUUGAACAGAACUAUCAAACAAAAAAAUUCAUAUCUGAAAUUCUGGGCUAUCAAUUCUAUCGCUCGCUCUGCCAGAAGAGCAAUCAUCGCGGUCAGCUUCACAAUUGCGAUUUCUUUGGCAAUUUUGCAGUUGGCAAUAGCUUAAAAUCUAUGAUGUCCUUGGGCUCUACUAAGCCCUGGAAGCAAGUUGUUGCCAAAGUUCUGCCCAAGAAUACAGGUCUCAGCAGUCUGGCUCUGCUGGAAUACUAUCAACCGAUUCUGGAUUGGCUUAAAACGCACAACCAGCAGACCAAAGUGAGAAUUGGCUGGAAUUCAACAAGCAAAAAAAUUGUUUAAUUUUGCUUAAACAACAUUAAAUUGUUUAUAUAAUACUCUGCUUAUCAAUAAAUUCAACUUUUUAGUUGCUCAAUUGCUGUCACCAGGUUUUUAAA